AUGGAAUAUUGUCUCUCUCACCACAAAAGCCCUAGUCUUCCGUCGACUCUGAGGCCCCACAGAAGCCAUAACAGUUCCUUCCCCAGGUCCGCUGUGGUCAGUAUCCGCGCCACAACGAGAAGGAAGAGGAGCUUGACGGUGAUCGCCGGGCCGGCGGGGAAGGCCCUGAUCGGCGUGCUGCUGAACCACCCGCAGCUUUUCCACCUCUCCGUCGCCGACGAGCUCAAGCACCUGGCCGACGAUCGCGACGCCGCUCGCAAUCGGAUGAUCCGCAGCGAUGGAUCUCCCGAGGCCUGCCUUCACAGGAGGAUUGCACAACUGAAGGAGAACGAGUGCCAAGUUGCAGUUGAAGACAUCAUGUAUCUAUUGAUCUUUUACAAAUUUUCUGAAAUCAAAGUUCCUUUGGUGCCAAGGCUUUCUGGAUGUGUGUACAAUGGAAGACUGGAGAUAUGGCCUCCAAAGGACUGGGAGCUAGAAUCAAUCUACAGCUUUGAAGUUUUGGAGAUUGUAAGGGAACACAUUGCUGCAGUCAUCGGAUUGAGAGCGAAUUCUAGCAUCACAGACCACUGGGCAAUUACUACAAUUGCUAAAUCCGCGCUCAGUCGAAUAUACAUUGCCUCCAUCUUAUAUGGAUACUUUUUGAAGUCUGCCUUGUUGAGGCUUCAACUCGAGCAAUGUGUGGCUUUGGAUAGCCAAGAUCUUCCCCUGAGGCAGAGGACCACCGUUCAGCACCAUGGAAUAAAGAAUCUUCUGUUUGGCCGCAUCGGCAGCAUACAAUCCGAGUCGCAGAGUCUAGAUCCAAGCAGUCAGGAGAAGAAACCUGAAAACUUGAAGUGUUAUGUGAUGGGUUUUGAUCCGGAGACAUUACAGAGAUGUGCAAAACUCAAGUCUAAGGAGGCUACAAGUCUGAUUGAAAAUCACAGUAGUGCCCUUUUUGGAGAUGAGAAAACAGGUUCGCUUGACGAUGAUGAGGUUAUCUUGACCUCAUUUUCGAGCCUGAAGAGGCUGGUUUUGGAAGCUGUUGCUUUCGGGUCAUUCCUUUGGGAGACAGAAGAAUGCGUCAACACCGUGUAUAAGCUCAAGGAGAACUGAUUGGUGAAACGGACUUUGUUUUUCAUGUACAAAAGACGAGGUGGUUAUUUGAGCAACUCCCUUUGUAAAUAGAAGGAUUGCCCUUUUUCCGUUCUGACUCUGCUUUGCGAGCACUCUGAGAUUUUUCCUUUGUACAGUUUAUAUAUAUAUAUAUAUGUAUAUAUUUAUAGAGAACAGUAUACUGUGAAUUCUAUUACUCUCUUUUUCAACCACUCCUGUGGUUACGCUGGCUGCUUAAUGAAUAACUACUUUUGAUUACUCAUA